AUGUUAUCGCCUUCGACCACCAGCCACAAUAUCGAAGUCGUUGGCACUGUACUACUGGAUAAGAUAGCAAACGAUCUUUUGCUGGGUCCCGGGGAGAUCGAACAACUUAGGUUCUUGUUGGCAGCAUUGGGAGACGGGCUUUCACUCCCAGAUGUUGCGACGCGCGUGUAUAUGCUCGCUGUCCAGUUGGCAGAUGUAUGCGAGCGUCGGCGUUUGCGACAGAGGGAUGAGACUGAGAGGCUGGAUAUCGGCAGUGUCUUCAAUGACUUGAAGAUUCGCUUGGCCGACACAUUCCAUCUCACAGAGGUGCAAAAGGCGAGCUCACACGACGUCCUGAUCAUUGAGCCCAGACGGACUUCCUUCUCAGGGCUGGCGCAAGACCUCAUUGAGAAGUUCGAGAUAAACAGGGAUACGGAAGCCUUCGUCAAUCUCAGGAAUGUCUUCAUCGCACCGAGCCGAAUCAAAGUCUUGAACAAGGAAGCUCGGUCUGUUGCCUCGAGCGUGCGAAACAGUUUUCGCAAUGAUAUUGUGAUGAGCAUCAAACCGAAAAUCUUCUGCGACCUCGCCGAUUUUGUGAAGAAGUGUGUGCGGAAGUACAAGAAUACGACACUCACAACUCUUAACGUGGAUCCAUACACUGUCCAACUGGCACUUCUGCGCCGCUUUGUCUAUGACCAUCCAGAGAUUGUGAACGCUGCUGUGGACUCUGACGACAUAGAGAACGAAGACCCGAGCACCAGCGAAGAGCGUCCAGCGAAACGAGCACGUGCGGGACGCACAGCCAAAGGAGAGGACUUUUGGGGACGUGUGGAAGAGUGGUUCAAGAAAGAGAUGGCAGUCCGCGGGUCGAAUUGGACCUCUGCUUCAUGGAAAAGAUACAUUGACCAAGUGAUUGUGGACGACAGAGUGAAGUUUGUUGGUGUCAAGCCCGGAUCUCCCGUCAUCCGUGAGCUCCCAGAGACCCCCAUUCGUCCAAUGUGGGGUGAAGGUCUAAGUUCGGCCGGCGCGCGGUCAACGGAGUCGACGCCAGGCCCCUCUGUUCCCGAAAGUGACCCGUUCUGGUCAGCAAUGUGUGCAGCGUAG